CUUAAAUGUUCUGUCACUCUAAUAAAUACCCAACGGUUCCAGCACUUAUGCUCCACAAAUCUCCAUCCACAUCUUGCAUAGCUUCUUCUUCAGAAUUCCUGCCUACCACCUGUUUGAUAAUUUGCCAAUGGCGAAUAGUGAUGUAAGGCUUCUCGGUGCAUCCGCAAGCCCCUACGUCAAUCGGGCCCAAAUCGCCCUCAACGUGAAGUCUAUCGACUAUGAGUUCAUUGCAGAAAAUUUAUUUGCCAAAAGCGAGCUCCUCCUUAAAUCAAACCCUGUGCACAAGAAAGUCCCAGUUCUAAUCCAUGGCGAUAAGCCCAUCUGUGAGUCCCUUGUCAUCGUCCAGUACAUCGAUGAGGUCUUUACUAAUGGCCCUUCGAUCCUCCCUUCUGAUCCCUACGAGCGUGCCACUGCUCGUUUCUGGGCAGCCUAUCUUGACGAUAAGUGGUUCCCAUUAAUUAAGGAGCUUAGGACGGCACAAGGAGAAGAGGCUAAGGCAUCAUUGAUAGAGAAAAUAGUUGAAGGGUUGGUGUUGUUAGAGGAAGUGUUUGUCAAAGGCGGUAAAGGGAAGGCUUUCUUUGGCGGUGACAGUAUUGGGUUCCUUGACCUUGCUCUGGGCUCUUUCCUGGGGUUGUUGAAGGUAGGAGAGAUAAUAGCUGAGGUGAAGCUGCUUACUGAAACCAAGACACCAGAGCUGUUGGGUUGGGCUGAAAGGUUUAGUUCAAAUGAUGUUGUGAAAGGUGUCAUACUAGAGCCCGAGAAGCUCAUAGAAAUUCUUAAGUCGUUUCAAGCAGCCAGGGCAAAAGCUGCAGCUUCAAAUUAACUUCAAUGGCGGAUCAAAAACAGAGUGCAAUAAUAAUAUGAUUUUGGGAGCCUACUUGUGGAAGAUGAUCUCUGUGUGUGUCUGAAUUUUCUGAGUCUAUUUCAUUGUUGUCGGUGGCCAUUAAACUUAGAUGUUGUUGUCCUCAUUAAUAGAGCGUGGCAUAUACCACAAACCUUAUCUUGUAUCUUGUAUCUUGUAUCUUGUAGCAUUGCAGCAUCUAUAUUAAUAAGAGAAUAGUUUUUGCAAUAAAAAAGGGAUCGAU